CGGUGACGAAUCAGGUCAUUACACCCAGAGGGUGUCUCCUUCUAACUAAGCAAUUAGAGGCUCCAUAAAAGGGUCCCAGUGCCUGAAUGCCUCACAGCCUGCUGCCCCACCUUCCGGCUUGCUCUCGCUCCUGAACAAGCCUCCUCUGCAUUUGUGAAGAUGUCUCGGUUCCUGAGCGGCAUCUUCUGUGUCAUUGAGACAUUCCACAAGUAUGCCAGUGAGGAUGGUGACAAGGCAACGCUGACCCACAGGGAGCUGAGGCAGCUCCUUGAGGGGGAAAUCGGCAAUUUCCUUCAGCCACAUUUCUUUCACGCUGUGGAGAGAAAGUUGAACCUCCUGGAUAUUGACAGAGAUGGCACCAUCAGUUUUGAGGAGUUUCUUCUUGCCAUCUUCAGCUUACUGAAUCUCUUUUAUCUUGACAUAUCAUUACUAAAUUCAGAACCAAGAGUGAUGUCUAAAUCAGAGAAGAUGGGUGCUGAGGAUUUCCAGGCAAUCCCUAGAGGCAGCCAUCAGGUAGCGGGGGCUGGGCCAGCUCAAGAAAGGCUGGAAUUUCCAUCCAAAAUGGCGUCAUCAGUGCAGCCCAGGAAUGAAGAAGGUGAGGCGGAUGGACACACUAAGAUGAGCCUACGGGAAGACGUUAAGAUUCACAACCUGCCAAGAGAGGCAUCUGAGCCCAGUGACCCUGAAAACCAACAGCCAGAAGAGAAUUGUCAGGAAGCUGCACAAGAGGUGCCAGCAACAGAAGGUGACGACGAAGUCCCAUUUAAGAGAAACACACUAGUAGAAGGCUCCAAACAGAGCAGCAGUCUGACCCAGGAGAUCCCCAGAGAAAGAGGAAAACCAGCCAGGAGGCAAAGCGACACCAAGAUAAGUGACCACGUGGCGCAGAGGCCAUCAGAAGAUGAGGAACGCGCUGCUGCAACACAAGCUCCAUUCCCGCAAAAAGACAAAGCUGCGUCAGAGCCGCUAGAAGCUGCUGCUGGGAAACCAUCUGAGACACAGGAAGUGUUUGAGCCUGUGGAUGGUACUGGACUAUCCGAGGCUGGAGAAGUAGGAAAGGGUGCUGACAGAGUUCCACCCGAAGGCACAAGUAUAGCGGAGCGUGAGGCUGACAGCAGAACGCCAGAGACCCAGGCAUUACCCACACAAGAAACAACACAGGAAACGCGGGACCAGUCCCAGUCCGUUCAAAGCGAGAGCCGAAAUGCUUCAGAGACGUCUAGUGGAGGCGAAAGGGAGGAGGAGUGGGACGAACCUGAAAGAAAAACCAGACCCCCAGCACCAGAAACCCAAACGCAGGAUGAGAGGUGUAAGGAACUCCCAGGAUCCUGGAGUGAAAACGGUGCAGGUGCCGAAAAGGGCUCUGGUGCGCAGGAUCCAAGCUCUGAAGAUGAUGUAAAUCAGAAUCUCCCUACAAUUACGGAAGAAUCCAUCUCAGGGAAAGAGGCAAGACCCCAUGAGGAAGACACCACCGCACUUGUACUUGCGAUCAACAGAAAGAGCCCUGCCGCUGAAGAGACACUGGGAACAAAAGAAAGGUCCCAAGAGCUGGCACCACCUGAGAAGCAGUCUCAAGACAAAAACCACAGGGCCUCUAGGACUCCUGACAAGGCAGUCAGGGUGGAGGACCACCCUUUACCAGUCGCACAGAGUGGUGAGGACACUUGUGAGACUCCCAACAGCCUAGCUCCAGAGGUAGGCAAGAGCAGCGCAGGGACAGGUGAACCACAAGUGACAGGGGAGUCCCAGAGUCAGGUAGACCCCCACGGAAGUCACAACAACCACCCAGAUCCUCAGAAUCCCAUAGCACCCGGGGAGAGCCGCAGAGUGCCCGAGGAGGUAGUGCUGUCCAUCCAGGAAGACAGACAUGCCCCAGAGGAACAGGAGCAGUCUGCCGCAGAGGAGCAGGAGGAAGGCCUGAGCUCAGGGACCAAAAGAGGCCCAGCGGUGGCAGCCGUGGAGCCCUGUGAAGGAGGGGAGGGUGUACGAAAGACCACAGCAGGAAGUAAAAACAGGACAUCUGGAAAGGCAGAGAGCUCAGCAGCCCAGUGAGGCUAUUCGGUGUUUACCUAUGUGGCUUGCUGGGGACUUUGAAUUAAAAGUCGAUAAUUAAAUUACCCGAUGAUCAGUGUCUUUUGUUGGCUCC